UAAUAAUAUCCCAAUUGUAUGGAAAUUCCGGGGAUGCUCAUGCCAUAACUUUUUAAAAAUGACAUUUGAGAUGAGUUUAUGCUGUCAGGGCCCCUUUUGACAAAAGCUGAAUUCAUCUGGUCGAUUGGACAACGUACAGAAAGUGCAGAUCGCCCCCCAAAGGAUGGAUUCAUCAUCACCACCAGCCACUGAACCUCCACUGCAGCAACAAACAAGAGCAACCCGUUUCCUAAUAUUCCUUACGACAACGACAACUACGAUGGCCCGCAUCUGGUUGGCGUUUGUCGUGGCUUUCUUGAUUUUCAUGGCGAUUCACCCCAAGCCCGGCAUACUUCCCAAAAAAUCUGAUUCAGUCGCAUUAUCUUCCGACGACGAGGCAGUCAACAUUCAUAUAUUGAGCGCUGGGGAUCGAGGUGCGGUCGUGGGUAUCCCAGCAUUGUUUGGUGCACCGAUACAAAAGCCAGCAAAAGUGCGAAUCCUGAUUCUCGAAAACGAAACUGGAUGUAGACCGUUCAAAAAGCCGCUUCUUCUUGCGAAUCAGCAAACCGACGAUGCGUACAUUCUUCUUCCACGCGGACACUGUCCGUUUGAUGUCAAAAUACUCAACGCCCAGCGCGCUGGAUUCAAAGGUGGCAUCAUCUACAAUAUCGCAACGUCGCCUUACUAUGAUCACCCUGUGCGUAUGUCAGCUGUCGAUGCAACGGACGCUGAAGUGCAGAUUGCCGCGCUCUUUGUUACAGAUUUCGAUGGACAGAUUUUGAAAGAGAGCGCUCAAUGGGGGCAAGGUGUAGGCGUAGUUAGAGCCUUGAUCAAGUCUGCAAAUGAGAAGCUAGAUUCAGAUCAGUUACCAUCAGGACAACGGAAAUAUCCUCACGUUAUUGACCCGGAUCAAGCGUGGGACGGCGUCUUCACGGGCAUUUGGGGUGACGCCUUGGUGUCCGCCUUGUGUUUUUUCCUCGGUGCACUAGGAGCGAUGGCCGUAGGAGCGGCGUUGGUUCUGCUUCACAACAGAAUAUUUGGUCCCAUUCCUUUGCAGUCACCACGACCAGGGACAUCAGCAAUGAUCAAGAUCAUAGUAGGUGAGGAUGGUGAAAUGCAGGUUGAGAGGGUCAGAUUGCGACUGCGAACGGUAACGCAGGAAGAUUUGGAUGGAUUGGAAUUGAAAUUCGGAAAGACUGAGGAGAAGGAUGGAAAAGGAUUCUCGACGGAUUGUUGUGCUAUCUGCAUUGAUGAGUUCAAGAUUGGAUGUAAAGUGAGGGAACUGCCUUGCCGACAUGUGUUUCAUCAAAGCUGCAUUGACCCGUGGCUCCUUAAUCAUGCUCUCGUCUGUCCCACCUGCAAACGUGAGAUAAUUCCUCAGCUUUCAAUAGCCAGCCCAUCAGCCGUCUCCAUCAAUGUGAACGACCAUAGUCCGUUGCUGGACGCGCAUUCAGGGUCUUCACUGCCGGCUGCUGCCGUGCAAAACGUCAUUGCCUAUUUUGGGUCCUUUUUUGGAACUCGAAACAGCUCAGAGCCUGUUGAGGAGGUUCUUGGUAUGGACGGGUUAUUUUAGGUGAUAGCAGUUUGCUGUGUCUGCGUUCGAGAUUCUUGUCAGUUAUAGUGGGAAACUGGGAGCUAAAUGUGUGCUCGCAAAUUCACAUCGCUACUAAGGGUGUGACUUAGAGUCAUAUAGUUCGUAGUAGAUGGAGGAUGGAAGUUUCGUAGACAGAAAACUGUAUUCAUAAAUACGUUGGGUUCCUAUUCAGAAUCGCUGAUGCUUAAGAGGAGAUUUUCUUUCUGCUUUGGAGCUCAAAAGUCUACCGAAAUGGAGGAUACAUGUAUCUAAAAAC